AUGGUGGGCGCGGACCAAUCCGUACCUGUCAUGCCCGAACACUUUGACAUCACAGAGUGUUGUCAGAUUCCCACACGAGACCAUUCAGCCAUCCAGCACAUCGUCCAGACCGUGACAGUGUUUCAGUGUCUUCAGCAGAGUCUACCCUCUGAGGUGACCCCAAUAACCAGGUUCUCCAUGACCCACACCAUGUUGAUGGCCACUUGGUCAACAGAACCCUCAAUGAUUCAGUCUUCGAAAGCUUUCCCAGACGUCAUGCGUCUGUCAGGUCUUGUGAUGGUGAUGGUGGCAGGAGCCCUCGCGUCUCCUGGCUUCGGUGGUAAAGGUGGUGGUUAUGGUGAUGAUGACUACGAUGAUAAUGACCACUAUGAAUAUAUCUUCGUUCCCGUUCAUACCCCCAUCCACAGCGGAGGAUAUGGUGGUGGACACGUGGGGUAUGGCGGUGGUGGACACGUAGGGUAUGGCGGUGGUGGACACGUAGGGUAUGGUGGUGGACAUGGAGGGGGUAUAGUUCUCGGAGGUGGUCAUGGUGGAUACGGUGGAGGGAUUAUCAGCGGUGGAUAUGGUAUUGGACAUGGUGGAAUUCCCAUUAGCGGUGGGUAUGGGAUUGGACACGGCAGCGUCAUCAGCAGUGGUGGCUAUGGAGGGUACGGGAAGAAGUAGUGGCCACGUCAUCAGUCAUAUUGUUGUGUACAGUUCUGUUGUAUCUCUGUUUAGUAGUUUUUGUUAAAUAAAUGUAAGAAGGUUUAAA